AUGCGGUCCACUUUUAAACAAAAGCACACGUUUGAUGAAAGGGUGAAGGAAUUUGAUCGUAUCAAGAAACAGUAUCCUGAAAGAAUCCCGGUAAUCUGUGAGAAGGCCGAAAAAUCAGACAUGCCUCCGAUAUCUAAGAAAAAGUAUUUGGCACCAAGCGACUUGACUGUCGGUCAAUUUGUUUAUGUGAUACGUAAGAAGAUUAAACUUUCUCCUGAUAAAGCUAUUUUCGUCUAUGUGAACAGCGUCCUUCCUGCUUCAUCAGCUUCCAUGCACGAAAUACAUGCUGUGUAUAAAGAUGAUGACGGUUUUCUUUACCUCACAUAUUCGGGAGAAAAUUCUUUCUAUGUGUGA